UUAGCUCUCUCGGACUCAGUUAGUCCGGAACGACCCAUCGCUGGAGUGCGUACAGCUGAAACAUGGCAGGAAUUUGCAUAAGCUCUUCUCGGCUUCUGCCAAAAAAUUUUAGAACAAUUUCAUUAUCAAAUUUAUCCAGGAUAAAUUAUAAGAAUAAGUCCCAUUGGGCUCGUCAUUAUGCAGCUGUUUCAAGAACUGCAAUUUCAAAUACUUCAGUUUCCAAACACAGCAGACAGAAUUCUUGUUUGUGGGUCCCUAGAAGAAAUCCAGAACCCUGUUAUUUUCAUACAAGUCGGUUUUUAAGAAAUGAAAUAAGAGAAAUUAAAGUACCUCAGUUGGCUGAAUCUCUUAGUGAAGGUGAUAUUCGAUGGGAUAAAGCUGUUGGCGACCAGGUUGCUGAAGAUGAAGUAAUAUGUCAAGUUGAAACUGAUAAGACAGCUGUACCAGUUCAUGCACCAUGUGCUGGAGUGAUUGAAGAAAUACUUGUGGAAGAUGGUGCAACAGUGAAUCCGGGAAUGAGCAUUUGCAAACUCCGUGUUGGAGGUACUGCAAAAGAAUCAGCUCCAAAGGAAAAAGCAGCAGCACCACCAGCUGAAGCUCCAGCUGCAAAGAGUGGUCCUCCUGCAGCGCCCUCUGAGGCUGAUGUCAGUGCUCCUCCUCCUUCUAGUCCUCCACCAAUUCCACCCAAACCAAGUGCCCCACAAGCUUCUAAACCUGUGUCAUCAAUUAAAAUACCAGUGACACCAACACCUUUACCUCCUGGUCAAGCAGAGUCUACUAUCACUGGAACCAGAACAGAACAACGUGUAAAAAUGAAUCGAAUGCGUCAACGUAUUGCUCAAAGAUUAAAAGAAGCCCAAAAUACAUAUGCUAUGUUGACAACCUUCAAUGAAAUUGAUAUGAGCAAUGUCAUAGAAAUGAGAAAUCGACAUAAAGAUGCCUUUCUCAAACGGCAUAAUAUAAAAUUAGGCUUCAUGUCUGCAUUUGUCAAAGCUUCAGCAUAUGCUUUACAGGAUCAGCCCGUAGUAAAUGCUGUUAUUGAUGAAGGUGAAAUUGUUUAUAGAGAUUACAUUGAUAUUAGUGUAGCAGUUGCAACACCAAAGGGCCUUGUUGUUCCUGUCAUUCGUAAUCUAGAAAAAAUGAAUUAUGCUGAUAUUGAAAAAGCUAUUCAUGCUUUAGGAGAAAAGGCACGUACUGGAGCUUUAGCAAUAGAAGACAUGGAUGGUGGAACUUUCACUAUUAGUAAUGGGGGUGUAUUUGGAUCUCUUUAUGGAACUCCCAUCAUUAACCCUCCUCAAUCGGCUAUACUUGGUAUGCAUGCUAUUGUGGAGCGACCAGUAUCAGUUAAUGGAAAGGUUGAAAUCAGACCAAUGAUGUAUGUCGCUCUGACAUAUGACCAUCGCCUUAUUGAUGGACGUGAAGCUGUUCUUUUCCUAAGGAAAAUCAAAGCAGCUGUUGAAGAUCCUAGAAUCAUGCUAUUGGACAUUUGAAAAAAUAGGGAUAUAAUGAAUUAAUUUAUAGAAUUUGGUUUUAGUCCUGGAAGAAGAAAUGGAGCUUGAAGAAAUUAGAUUCUUUUUUUCAAAUAAUGCAGGCACAUCAACAGUAAAAAGGCCUCAUUACAGACAAGUGUUUAUAUCUUGCAAAAUUGAACUUAAAAUCGAACCCGUAUAGAUCUAAAAAGGUUUCAUUUAUUUUUUUAACUUCCUUAUGCUGUAUAAAUUCUUUUGGCUAAUUAUUUUAGUGAAGACAGUCACUAAAUAAAUUGCCAGUAUUUAUUCUCCACAGCUCCAUUUUUUUGCUUAAAAAAUAAAGUUUCUAUGCAAAUAC